AUGAUACCGUACAUACCUCAAAUUGGCAGGCUUUGUCCCAACUGCAAACUGGGGGACUAUCCAUCCAUCAAGGCGCUUAUCUCACAUUUCAACUCUCCAUCUACUUGUUGGCCAUUCGACGCACGACCACAAACGUUACCCGUCCCUUCUGUAUUCAAUGGCUGGAUACCUGUCACUGGUACGUGUUACCCGCAAUCUGGGUACGUCUAUGGUGUCGGUAAAAAUAUGCUGGAUAAGUUAGAAGAUGAUCAAUAUGCAUAUCGACGGAAGAUAAAUCCUUAUUACCCCUUCCAUGAUGAAGGUGAAUGGGAAUUAGGGAAGUUUUUGGUGGAAAACCUUACUCAAACUCAGAUAACCAAAUUUUUGAAGUUAAGAUGGUUUGACUCUCCGGAUCGCGCAAAACCAUCUUUUACCACAAAAGAUUGCCUCCUGGACUGGAUGGACUCACUGCCUUCUUUUGCCCCGUGGAAAGUCUCUAAAAUAGAAUUUAAAGGCUAUAAGACUGUCCGUCCCGUGGAGCUUGUUUGGCGCGAUGCGCUGGAGGUUGUCAAGCAACUAUUCAGCGACCCAACUUUUGCAAACCACAUGACCUUUCACCCUCACGUCGCUAACGUCGAAAAUAAGCGUGAAUAUGGAGACUACAUGAGUGCCGAUAUGGCAUGGAAAAUUCAGGACCAUCUCCCGUUGGGUGCGACUCAAGUCCCGAUAAUCUUAGGAUCCGACAAAACUCCCGUAACGCGACUUACCGGAGGAAUUGAGAUGCACCCGGUCUUCAUUACCAUCGGUAACAUUGAUUCUGAGGUUCGUUCCAAAGCAACAUUACGAGCUUGGCGCUGCAUAGCCUACAUCCCUGUCGUCAAGUUCCGCGUCCAUCCAGAUUACCAGUCUAUUCUCCAAGCCAGACUGUGGCAUAAGUGUAUGGACCUUGUUUGCGCCAACCUCAAGGCCGCAGCGAAGGAUGGCUGCUUUAUGCCCGAUCCUUCCCGUUACAUUCGUCAUGUGUUUACGCCGCUCGUCGCUCAUGUGUGCGACCUACCAGAGGCUACUAUGAUCGCUGCAGUCAGCAAAAACUCAUCCCCGCUGACUAUGGCAACACAAGCGGAUUUUGGCGAUGGAAUUCUCCACCCCCCUCGUACCGGGAAGCACACAUUGCAACUCAUUGUGGAGAUAUCCCGAACGGUCGAUCCCUGGGAUCUCGACAAGUUCCAGAAAGCGGCCAAAGCCAUUAAUCUAUCUGGUGUUCAUAUGCCACACUGGCGCGAUUGGAUGUUUGCAUGUCCGUCUGUUUUUCUCGCCGGCGAAGUGCUGCACACUUGCCAUAAAUUCUUCGCGGAUCAUCCACUGAAAUGGAUCAAAGAAAUUGUAGGACAUUAUGAGCUUGAUACUCGCUUCAUGGUGCAGCACAAGCGAGUCGGAACGCGCCACUUUACGAAAGGUAUCACUCACGUUAAUCAGAUGACAGGCCGCGAGCAUAGAGACAUCCAACGCACUAUCGUUGCAUCGAUCGCAGGGGCCGUUCCACCCAGAUUCGUUCGUGCAAUUCGUGCCCUCGUGGAGUUCUUUUACCUUGCACAGAAUCCGGUUCACUCACCUCAAUCACUUCAGUCAAUGGUUCAGGCGCUUUCAGAUUUCCACUCUUUCAAGGACGCUAUUGUCCAGGCCGAGGCAAGGAAGGGGAAGAAGGGUAUCAAAGAGGAUUUUUUCAUCCCCAAACUCGAGCUUCUGCAGAGCUUCGAUGGUACGAUUAAGAAAUUGGGCACUUUGAUGCAGUUCUCUGCUGACGUGACGGAGCGGCUACUUAUCACACAUUGCAAGGACCUUUUCCCGCGGACGUCCCGACAAAUCAAAGAUUUUACGGAGCAGUGCGUGCGGAUUCUUAAUCGCCAAGAAUCUAUGGAAAUGUUCGGCCUGUACAUGCUGCUGACUUCUCGCGGGGCGUCACUGGUUAAUGCCAUACAUGCCGAAGAUGAAGAUAUCACAACUACCAAUCCUGCACUCUCCUGGGUUUCCCGAGUUCUUCCUGACGAAGUCAGGUCAAUCCAUGGUCCCCGACCAGUCCGUAAUCACUUCCUCAAAGGUAUUCUCUCUGAGGAUGCGCUCACCGCUUUUCAACUCAAUGUCGCACCUGAUUACAAAUCACUCUCACCGUCUGAAAUACGCAGGAAAUAUGCAGUCCUCGACUUUGAUCGUGCGCUCGCCAACUUCAUUUGUCGUUCCUCGGUUUCCAGUGGUGAACAUUCCCGCUGGGACCCCAAAUAUGGGCGUUUCCAGCCGCGAGUCAUCAUGCCAAGUCGGGUGGUGCAAGCAUACCCACCAAGCGAUGAUUUCCCCUUGGGAAAUUGUGAUACUGUUCUCAUUGACGCCAUGGGCACUAACGGCAAAAUGAGUUCCAACCUGGAACUACCGUCGUAUCUCUCUGACCCACUGCUCUACGUCCAAUUUUUCCGCUUCAUUUCCAGCCCUGAUGAUCGUCCCGAGCUCGCGAUGUGGACCGUGGAGCGCACAUACACGCAGGACGAAAACGGUAACCGCUGUAGGGAAGGGGCUGUCAUUCGAGUGACAGAUGUGACGCAUGCAGUUGAAUUAAUUCCAGUUUAUGGCGAGGCAGUGGCUAACGGCGUGUCCUCUGCGACUUGUUUGGAACACUAUGAACGUUUCUUUCUGAAUAGCUUCGCGGACAAGGAGAGUUAUCAUACGUUCAGUACCGAGUUUGUAUAG